AUGGCUCUUAAGAGCAUCAAAGACUCUGGUCUCCUGCAGGCGGCGCUGAUGGUGGUGGUGUUGGGUGUAGCUCUCUCUGCCCCCUCCGACCCCUACCAUGUUCAACCUGUCCAUAGUUCUGUAUACAAGCAGCCGGGGAUGCCACACGACUUCACAUACAAUGUUAGGGACGACUACUCCGGCACUAACUUCGGCCACAGUGAGAACUCCGACGGCAACACCGUCCGUGGCUCUUACAGUGUCGACCUUCCCGACGGACGCAAGCAGACGGUUAAUUACGAGGCCGACCACAACAAGGGCUUUACAGCUGAUGUACAGUACUCUGGAGAGGCUCACCAUCCCCACCAUUACAGACAUCCUGUCACCUACAAGUCACAACCUUCGUACCAACACACGCCCUCAUACACAACCCCAUACCACCCAUAA